CGGCAGCCACACAGUGAAUGCGCCGGCUUCCGCGUCUGAUCCCACAGCUGAUGAUCAGUCCGGCUGUGAUCCGGCCUCACUCACUUGCUUUGUCGAUUGUAUUGUCUUCCUUCCCACAUCCGUCAUGGCAAGCGAGCGCAUUGUCCACCCAGGCCAAAGCGCGUUUUUUCGUUCAAAAAGCCACCUGUUUCGGGUAUGAACCCAUUGUGAUUCCGUGGAACCCGUUAUCCUCUUCCCCUCAUGCGCGCUGCAAACGCCCUCGCCGGGCCCUCGGACGCGUCGACUGAUACGGGGCACCGCCCGCGUUCAGGCCACACCUGGGGCUAUCUCGAGAUCGCCGACACGACCGACUCCGCGCCGAAAAGACGCGUCAAUCUGCGGGGAUACCUGCCGUACCUGCUGGGCUGCACGUCCGGCGACCAGCCGCUCUCGGAGGCCAUGAUGACGUGCUUGGGUGGCGACUUCGUGCCGGUGCCGCUCCCGGCGAUGCAUGGGCACCGCAGUGGCGGUGCACUGCUCUUGGAGUGGAAUGGGCGCGUUGACUCCCUGCGCGGAUUCAACGCGACCAGCUUUCUCGGCGAGGAUGGGGAGGAAGAGGGUGUGGUUUACAUCAACGACAACCCCGCCGUGACGUGGCAGAUCAUGUCGCUGCCCCAUGGCGCGCGGAUCGUCAUCGCAAGUCCCGCUUUUCCCAUAGCCUCGUUCACGUUCUGUGUGACCCUCCCCCCUCCCAAGACCCAACUCAUCCGGAGCCACUACGAAGUCAUCAAGCAAAUCGGCCACGGCGCCUUCAGUGCGGUGUACUACGUGAAAGACGUGCGGGAUGGGUACUGCUAUGCGCUCAAGACCCCCAGAAGGACCAUCGCGAGUAUACUGGCCGCUGCGUCCCAAGAGGUCAUGGCGCUCAUGGCCCCACCGCAUCCCAACGUGUGCAGGAUGUUUCAAUGCGACUAUGGGACCGAUAUGAAGAGUUGUGAUAUGAUCCUGGAAUACAUCCACGGGAUCCCGAUCCACCGAUUCGUCUCUGAAUGCGGCUUCGUUCCGGAAGCACAAGCCAGGCACCUGGCCUUCCAGCUAUGUGUUGGUCUCCGACACAUGCACAAGGAAGGGAUAUCGCACGGAGAUAUCAAGGGCGAUAAUGUACUAGUGACACUCAAUGAAGUAGGCCAGCCCCUGAUCAAGAUCAUUGACUUCGGACUGGCCCGAGUCAAGGGAAACCUGAACUCGCUGCUGUCGCCAUCCAGGACAUGCUACACAGCUCCAGAGGCAGGCCCCCAGUUUCGCGGCCUGGAUGGCAAUGUUUCCUGUGCACAGAUCCAGCUGUGGGACAGCUGGGCUUUGGGCCACCUGGUCUUCUUCAUUCUGGCGGGAACCUACCCGUACUUCAAGCACGGGGCGUUCACGACGGGGAUCGACGAGGUCAACUGGCGCGCGUUGCGGGACAAGCCCGGUGUCGGACCAGCAGCUGUUGCGUUCGUUCGCAGGCUGCUGUGCAUCGAUCCAAGCGAACGGCUCCAGAUCUGCAACUCGCUGGCCGAGCCGUGGUUCUCCGGCUUCCGUCCUGAAGUUCGCGUUUUCGGAGCGCUGGAUGUUCCGCCCUCACUCCGGGAGAUGUGGGCUGAUUCGCAAGAGUUGUGGUCUGAAUCUGAGCACGAUACUCAUAUGGAUGGCGAGAAUCAGGGCAGCGAAGAUACGGGUGGGCAGUUGGACGAUAUGGAUGUGGGCCGUGCUCUAGAUCCGCGGGCAGCCUCAAUGGAUCAGGACGUCGACAUGGACGCCUCCCCGCGAAAGGCUGUACCCAAGUUUACAAUGGUUCUGCGGAAGCGUAAUCCGGCCAGUCCACCGACUCCAGGGUCUCCAUCGAAGCAGAAGGGGAGAAAGAGGAAUUGAGGAGCUUCUGUUUGUUCGGCGUGCUACUGUUCCGUUAUAUCUCCUUGCCAUUCUCUAUCAAAACACACUCGUUUACAUCUAUUUGAUAAAUGUUGUUGGCAGUCUUGUAUUGG